UUGGUCACUUUUCCACUUAGCCGGCUCUUUCCCUUUUUUCUACAGACAAACCCCAACUUCAUCGCGAUCUCAAUCGAUUGGCGAUUAUUGUCUUUCUUGGCCCGACCACCUGACUCCAUGUCCUCGCAUCUACUUCAUGAAAGAUUGUCAUCUGGUUCAGGAGGUACGCGUGUGACCCUCGGACCUGGCAGGGAUAGGGUCGUCGUUUCCUCUGCUAGGGUUCCUUACCAAUUGCGGGUCGGGUCAACUGCUGGAGUAAUUCUUGUUUCGUGGAUUUCAUAUGAGUCGGCGGAUGGUUGGCCUAGACAGUUGGAUGAUGUCUACACUCGUCUCCUCAGAACCCUCGCUCAUCUUAACCCUAUCCCUUCUUCCAUUCUCGGCCAGAUAUUUUCUCCUCGGUCAAGCAGUAGUCAUCUAAGCUCCCAGCAUUCUUAGUCACAAUGCUUUUCAUAAUUUUAAAAAUUUUAGGUAUGUAAGUGGUUGAGGUUUUCUUCAAUACCAGAUUCCACUACUGAGUGAACUGCUAGUUACAUCUGAGAUUCUCUUCAUGACUUCAUGUCACUGUUUGUUGUUAUAGUGUGCUUAUUACAUUUUUACCAUGGUAUGCGGAUCAUGUGCUUGUCAAAAUUAUUGUGUUUUAGCUUUAUUAUAUAUUUGAUAGACUUAAUGUUCUAAACUGUUUAUUUGAGUUUGCUUUUCAUUUUACUAUGUUCUUAUGCAUAUCACAAGCCUUUUUGACAGUUAAUUUAUAAAACAAUCUGUACCAUAAUUUGUAUAAAUAUGGAUUAGAGAAAAUGAAAAUUUGAUUUAACUGAAUCAGCGAUUUAUAAUUUUAACUUGAGUAUUUGAUAAUAGAAAACAAAAUAGCUCAAACAUUGAAAUGAAUAGGUUAAUUUGCUUCAUAUCUAUAUUGGUUAACUAAUUUCAUUAAACAUCAUGUUCCAAUGUUAUUGCUUUCUAUAUUCUAGAUGCAACUUACUUAAAGUUGCUUUUGCUUUAUGAAACCUUCUGUAGCUAGGCAAUACCUAAUUCUUUGACUUAAAGUAGUGGAAACUAAUGAUACAUAUGCUUUUCCUUAUAAUGCAUACCUUGACAUCAGAUGGAGCAGCUGAAGGAAUUAUUUAAGCAACCUGAUAUAUAUGAAAGGUUAACCAGAUUCUUAGCCCCAACUAUAUAGGAGUUAGAUGUUGUCAAGAAAGGCUUUCUUUGCAAAGUAAUGCAUACCUGACCAGUUUGGCUUUGAUUUUGAAUAUGCUAAAGCAUCUUUUAAAUGAAAAUAUCAGUUAUAUAGAUCUACUGAUGAUAUAUAUAGCUUUUGGGGGGCAAUGCAUUGAAAUUAGCAUCUGGUGGCAAUGAGUUUAAUUUUCUACUCUUUUACUUUUUUCCCUAUCAGACUGCAUUUAAAAGGUUUCACAUCAUUUGUCCAAACUUGAAAUUGCAGUCUCAUUUUUUUGCAUUUGUCUUUUUCAGAUUUAAUUUAUUUUGUUUACUUAUGGACAAGGCUGAUUAGCAGAAUAGACGCGUAUUGGUUCAACUGUGCCUUGUCCGCUCUCGAGUCCCGCCCUGCACGGUUGCGCCCUUUGUCCUCUGCCCCUGCCUACUCGCUGAAGAGUAGUAAGAGUACAUUCAAGAUGCCUUAUCAAGUGCUUAUUAAAAAGUACUUGUAGUGGUUUACUAAGAAAUCAUUUUAUAUCGAUGCACUUAAACCAUAAAGUAUCCAUAUAUGCUCUAAAGUAAUGAUUCAAUGUUGUUUCUGCCUUUCUGGUAUACAAGUUAUGAAAAUAUACUGCAUCCAUUGUAUGACAUCUCAUUGAUAUAUUUUCGAUAAUGUAUUAGGUUGAAAUCUCGUUCCUAAUUGUAGAUCCCUUAAAGUUCAUUUCAACCAUUUUAUUGGGUUUUCGUGUACUCAUGUUAUCUAUGGAAAAGAUAUUAUUGAAGGGACAAGCAUUUUAAGGUCACUGGGGCAGGUAGCACCGGAUCUUACAGCUUUUAUCCGUGCCAAGGCAGCUGCUUAUCCUAUUUUUGAGAUGAUCGAGAAAAAUGUGGCCAACAAAACUGGCUCGAAGAGUGGGAGGAAACUGAACAAAUCAGAUGGACACAUCCAAUUGAAGGAUGUUGGAUGUUGUGUCUUGAUACCCCGGGCAAGAUUGGUGUUGGAUGUUGCUGGAUUUUUUGUCAUGUUUUGUCCAGGCUCCAUUUUUUGAUUUUGCAUACCUAGAAUGCAAACUUCAACUACAAUGUAGCUUUAGUUUUGAAAUGAAUAUUGUACUUUAAACGUUCCAUCUAUGGUUUGAGAUUUAUUGAUUUUGUUAUCGUUUAUGGGUUUACUGAAUAUUGAAUUGGAAUUUCUAAAAUACAAUUGAUUUGGAAUUUCAAAA